AUGAUACUGAUGGGAAUGUGUGUCCAGGUUGUUAUCGAUGGCAAGGGCCACCUGCUCGGUCGUCUCGCCAGUACCGUCGCAAAGCAACUGCUGAACGGCCAAAAGAUCGUUGUUGUCCGCGCGGAGGCUCUCAACAUCUCUGGCGAAUUCUUCCGUGCUAAGCUCAAGUACCAUGCCUAUCUCCGCAAGAUCACCCGAUUCAACCCAACCCGCGGUGGUCCCUUCCACUUCCGAGCUCCUGCCCGUAUCUUCUACAAGACCGUCCGAGGCAUGAUCCCCCACAAGACUGCCCGAGGCGCCGCCGCCCUGGACAGACUGAAGGUCUUCGAGGGAAUCCCACCCCCAUACGACAAGAAGCAGCGAAUGGUCGUGCCUCAGGCCCUGAGAGUCCUCAGAUUAAAGCCCGGUCGCAAGUACUGCACAGUCGGCCGAUUGGCACACGAAGUUGGCUGGAAAUACCAGGAUGUUGUUGCUAGACUCGAGGAGAGAAGAAAGGUCAAGGGCAAGGCUUACUACGAGAGAAAGAAGGUCGCUCGUCGACAACUCGCCGAGGCACAGAAGUCAGGAAGCAGCGAGACGAAGCAGAAGUUGGCCGCUCUGGGCUACUAG